GGCGGGGCAGGGCCCUGGGGUGGGCAGCAGGGGUUCCCAGUGCUGGACCUACUGCUACCAGCUCUGGGGGGUAUGAAGGCAGACCUGACUGAGGUAGACUGGACCGUGGCCAUCAUCUCCUACCUGUUCCACUACAAGGCCCUGAUACUCGGGCUCCUCUUCUUCCUGCUGCUGCUCAGCAACUGGAUGGUCAAAUAUGAAGCCAGCAUGCCGGUUGAGGUGCAAUCGGCGAAGGGCAGCCCGAGCCCGGAGAAGGGGCACUUGGAGCUUUCAAAGACACCAAAGGAGCAGGGCCCCCCACCCAGCCCUGCAGCCCUAACCCCCAGGGAGGUUGACAAAGUGCACGCCUGCUUCGCUCUCCAAGACAAGAUCCUGGAGCGACUCAUCUUCAACGAGAUGAAGCUCAAAGUGUUGGAGAACCAGAUGCUCGUCGUCUGGAAUCAGAUGGACAGGAAGUCGGGGAGGCCCCGGAGGAGCCCAUGCCCAGGAAAGCCCAGCUCGAGGAGACACUCGGCCUACGCCUCCGAGGCGGGCAGUUCCAAUUCCCCAGACUGAGGACGAGACCACGGAACCCGGGGCUCGGUCGGGGAGCCCCACCUCUCAGCAGUAAAGCCCCAGCCGGA